CGCGACCUCGGACCUUCGUAUACAAGUGGCAAGAGCUUGCUACGUUCACAGAGAAGAUUCUUCGCCUUUCAGCCACAACCAGUUUCCGAGGAUCCCAAAUGUGUCAGAUAGAGAAGGGACCAACUGCUUCUGAGCAUCGAGUUUCGUCGAUGAGGCGAAGGACAACGCCGUGCGGUCAAGAUUUCGUCCAUGGAGGAUAGUGGAGGGCGAAGAUCCUUCUGCGAGAGCCUCCCAUCUCUUGUUCUUGAGUCGAGUCGGUGAACAUGACCAAGUCCCCGCUCAACCUACCAACCCUCCUUCGCCGCGCAACACAGCGCGGAUAUGAUCCUCGCUUUCUCGCGACAUUCUCGUCACUCGCGUCCCUUUCUCGUAUCGUUGGAGCUGCUCCAGAGGUUGCCAAGUGGCUGGUCAUGACACUGCUCCUGAUCAACGCUGGAGGAUUGCCUCUGGUGUGGCAUCUGCGCCUGUUCAGUGCUCUCAUGAAGCUCCGCCUCGCUCAGUUCCGCCAGAGAGUCGCUGAGACGUCUGGCUUAUGGAAGGGGAACCGGGGACCGGCGCAUACCUCCCACUCGGCGACUUUGGGCCUGCACCCGUUCCACGCUACGUGGUCCUUCAACGGCAUGGUCUGGCCGUACCAGUCGGACUUCAAUCUACACAUGAGCAACUCGUCCUACCCUGCAGCGCUAGACACGAUCCACUCCCAACUCGCGCUCAGGCUGUUUCCGACAUUGUUCGAGGCGGGCGGGUGGGCUGCCCUGGGUGGCACGCACUUCUCGUUCGUGCGGGAGCUGCCGAUCAUGGCCUCGUACGAGGUUCGCGUCGAAAUCGGUGCGUGGGAUGAGAAGUGGAUAUGGAUCGUGGGUCGUUUCGUCAAGCCCGCGUCGCGCGCCACGAACCCGACGCCAAAGGCAGCUCGCCUCCUGACCAGGCAUGUCUACAGUGGGGACGCAGUCGAUGACAUGGUCCUCAAAGAAGCCAAGGAGAAAGACGACGUCGUUUACUCUAUCACAGUGUCUCAGAUCGUCUUCAAGCACGGUCGCUUGACCAUCCCCCCGGCCGUUGUUCUUGCCACCAGCGGAUUCUUCGCCUCGCCCGACACUCUUGUCUCUCGUUCCGCGCGCUCGAUUCCGCCGUAUUGGAGCCGCAUUCAAGAACUCGAGCGGGACAGCGAGCUGAUCAGGGCAUUCUAUCAGGGUGGAUGGCGCAGUUGUGCGCCGGAGGAGCGGUUUUGGGAGCAGGCAUUCCAAGCAUGUGACGCCGAACGCAGGGAAAGACUGCUCUCCUAUGCCAGUAUGGAUGCUCGCGGCGGGAUAUCUGGUGUGCACAAGAUGGUGUAGAUAUAUAGACAGAGGCAUCAGUAUACAAGUGCUAUCGAGGGGUGCAGGCCGGUGGUCUCGAGACUCUGGACCUCCCAACGCGCACUGGGCUGAAUCUUCCGAAUGGGACGUGCCACCGCGUUGACCUCCCGACAUGCAUCCAAAGCUGGAGAUUCAGCAAGAUCUAGCUGACGAAAGAUUCUGGGUUUCACGGGGAUCGUUUAGCCUCGGGAGCGGGGAUGGUGUCCGACGCUAGAUAGCAGCACGACACACUGUCCGUUAGCACUUCGUCUUGGACGGCGGCCGUUUGUGCGCAGGAGUGGCGAGUGCAUUGCUGCUUUCUAUCAAGGUCGAUGACGGAUCACGGACGCGAUUAGUGGUAGAAGGUUGAUUCGCGUGGGCUAUUGAACGGGACGGUCAUCAUCAGACGUCGAUCACUUUGCCUUUCCGUCUACGCUUCUCCCAAACCAUCACAUGCUCGCUCUGAAAGAUUUUGGCUGUCUGAUGCCGGAUCAGGCUAGAGCUCUAACGCGAGCUUUUCAAACGGCUUGUUCUGUAGCCCACAUGCUCGAUGGCAUUCAGGAGCAUCGAAUCCAGCGGAGAGCUGUCGAACUCGCAGCGAGAGGACGAAUUAGACGCGACAAAAUCGGUGUCUGCCUCCCCUUUGCAAAUCGCUCAGAGCUCGUGCUCGGGUCUCGAGUCCCUGCUGCUUGCAAAUAAAAGUCGGUCGUACGGAGUGGACGCUUGCGCCAAGCAAACGGAGACUUCCUGGUAUUUGUCCCAACUUUUUGACCGCUUUCAAACAUGAGCAAGGGCCGCCGGACUUUCAUUAUCGGUGUGGGCUGCACGGCAUUUCGCAGACCGGACGGCACUAGGACCACAGAGGAUAUGGGUCUCGAGGCCGCCACCAAGGCACUGCUCGAUGCCGGUAUCACAUACGAUGCUGUGGAUACAGCUUUUGCCGGAUACUGCUACGGCGACUCAACCUCUGGCCAGCGCGCAUUGUAUAAUCUUGGUUUGACCAGUAUCCCCGUCACGAACGUCAAUAACAACUGCUCUACUGGCUCUACGGCUCUGUAUCAAGCGAAUCUCGCCGUAAAGCAUGGGCAGGUUGAGUGUGCUCUGGCUGUCGGCUUUGAGAGGAUGAGUCCCGGCUCUUUGUUCACCAACUUCCCCGACCGCACGCCCCCGACUGCCCUUCUGGAGAGUCGUAGUUGGGCGCUCGAGACGGAGGAGAAUUUCGGUCCCAACGCGCCACGCGUUUCGUGCAACGCUGCACAAGAGUUCUUCGAUAAACACGGGGGAUCCGUCGAGCAUCUGGCGCAGAUCGCGGCCAAGAAUCACAGGCACGCGGUCAACAACCCGUACUGUCGCUUCCGCGCCGGGUGGACUGUUGAGGAGGUGAUGGAGUCUCCCCAGAUCACGAAGCAGCUCACGAAGUACAUGUGCACAUCGCCCGCGGACGGAGCAGGCUGUGGCAUCGUAGCCUCUGAGGACUUUGUGCAUGCUCAUGGACUCGAGAACCAGGCGAUCGAGAUCGUUGCACAGUGUUUGACCACAGACGGACCGGAGGCAUUCGACGGGGAUAGUAACAUGGACGUGGCUGGCCAGAGCAUGAACAAGAUAUGCGCGGACAAAGUUUUCGCCCAAGCAGGUUUCGGGCCAGGUGAGGGAAGAGAUCAGCUCGGUGUCAUCGAGCUUCAUGAUUGCUUUGCCGCCGCCGAGCUCCUUGUUUAUCCCGUACUCGGCCUGUGUGAUAUCGAUGACACUCACAAGUUUGUUGAGCGGGGCGACAACACGUAUGGCGGAAAGUUUGUGAUCAACCCAUCGGGUGGCCUCGAGGGCCGGGGACAUCCGCUCGGUGCCACAGGCCUCUGCAUGCACUUUUCGAUCGUCAUGCAAUUGCGUGAGUGGGCGGGCCCGAUGCAGGUUUCCGGGCUCUUCGACACGGCGGAUCCUCGCGGCAAAUUCGGCUUGAUCCAUAACGUCGGAUUUGGCGGUGCGGUCGUGAUAUCGCUGCUCCGCCGCCCUGAAUUCUUCAAGGCCGGGGGAGAGGACGGCAGAGAUAGACUCGGAUACAACCAUGCUCAUGAAUGUCGCCCGAUCACUCUCGAGGAUGUCGAUAAGAUUAAAGCCAAGAAGAGCUCUGCGUUCGUUCUCAGACAUGCCAAGCUUUAGAUAGAAAUCGUCGAGUCGGGUUAGAUGAAAUGUAUCCGUUUGAGAUCACAGC